GGCUGCCCAGCAACGUAGACGAUGGCUGUGCUGUUGGAUGCGAAGUCAGCAAAACACAUCACCACGACCGGUGUCUGGGGCGCGCAGGUAGCCUGCGUGAGCCCUUGCAGCUGCACCCGAGCCUCCGCGUUGUGGGCAGGAGAGUUGACAGAUGGCUGAUGAGUGGGGACUCCCUGGCUGGAUCGCGCCUUCUGUCUAGGAUCGAGCCGGGAUGGUCUUUCCAAAACCCCGAAGGCAGAAACUGCGCACCCCAGCGCCCGGGAGAUCAGGGCACGUUGCGAGCCAAUCAGCUGAGCAACAUGGGUCACGCCUUCCGUCGCUUGCGAUUGGUCACCCAGCUGAAUCGCACCGAUGCUCGAUCGCAACGCCCUUGUGUCCCUAUAUCAAGUUGCUCCGCCGUUGGCGUUCUAGCAAUAACAGGUCGGCCUGAUCACCAAGCCCCCGUCAUACACAACGAACAGCCGCGCAGGCAUAAUGAACGAUCUGCACCCCUUUGGACCUCCAUCCAUCUGCUACUUUACCUUGCCUGUGUCCACUUCACAUUAUUCCGACGAAACACCUCAACCAUCACCUCAACCUGUCUUCUCCUCAGCUACAUGGGCCAGUCCUACCAAUCCACUCUUAGCACAUAGAUCACUACAUAUGGCGGGCCCCACCGUCGACGCUUCACGGCUUUUGCAACUGCAAACCCAGGCUGCCCACCGCCCUUCGACACAGCCACUCCAGCCCAAAGGCAGCCCUUCGCCAAGCAACUCAGAUUCUAGCAUGUCGUCGCAGCGUAGCAGCAUCUCCAUGUCGCUGUCAAACCCACUCUGCUGCUGCCGCUGUCGCCGCGAGUCCCACGGCCAUUCAGGCACGUUCCAAUUUGGCACCAACCUCUACUACUGCAGUCAUUGCGCCAAGAUGGUCGGUUACAGCGCUGGUUGAAAGACCAAUUUCUUCGGUUGUUGUGACCAGCAACAAUCUCUAAUUGGACGAUAUCACUAUAACGGCUUUCGGUCGACCAGCCCAGUGUCUCCACCCGACUUUGGUCAACACCUUGACCAUCACGCCACCCAGUACACAUAGCAUCAUUGCUACCACCGGCGCACUAUCGUCUCAUCCUGCAGUCCACUUUCAGACAGUGGAAAAAGAAUUGAGAAUUCAUUAGCCUCAAUCAGCGCAAGAUUACGAGCAUGGAACAUCGCACCAGGUGUUAUGGAAGGUCACAUGCACAGGAUGCAGCGAGAAGAGCCGCUUUUAGGUGGUCCAAGAGGUGGAUGAAAGCAGGUCUUCACACCAUGAUCGCUCGGGCAGCUUGGAGUUUUCGUCAGCUUGAGAUAUGAUACCCGUCGCUUCGAGUGUCUCUACUUGAUCCGUAUUUUCAUGCCCAAUUAAUGAAUUCAUUUC